UUAAAAGAGACCUUAUACAAACAAAGGCAUUCAAGAUUACAAUACAAAACAACACUGAGAGAGAGAGAGAGAGAGAGAGAGAGAGAGAGAGAGAGAGAGAGAGAGAGAGAGAGAGAGAGAGAGAGAGAGAGAGAGAGAGAGAGAGAGAGAGAGAGAGAGAUGGAUAAAAGCAAAGUGUUGAUCGUAGGGGGAACUGGGUACUUGGGGAAGAGGCUAGUGAAGGCAAGUUUAGAAGAAGGUCAUGAGACGUAUGUGGUUCACAGGCCUGAGAUAGGAGUUGAUAUUGAGAGAGUUCAAAUGCUUUUGUCGUUCAAGGAAAAAGGAGCUAAAUUAGUAUCGGCUUCUUUCAAUGACCAACAAAGCCUCGUUGAUGCUGUCAAGCUUGUCGAUGUGGUCAUCUGCGCCAUUUCUGGUGUCCAUAUCCGGACCAACCAUAUUCUUCUUCAGCUCAAGCUUGUAGAUGCUAUCAAACAAGCUGGAAAUAUAAAGAGGUUCUUGCCAUCUGAGUUUGGAACUGACCCUUCAAGAAUGAAGAAUGCAAUAGAACCAGGAAGAGUAACAUUUGAUGAGAAAAUGGUAGUGAGAAAAGCCAUUGAAGAUGCAAACAUUCCUUUUACAUAUAUUUCGGCUAAUUGUUUUGCUGGUUACUUUCUUGGUGGUUUAUGUCAACCCGGUCACAUUGUUCCCUCAAUGGACUCUGUGCUUUUGCUUGGAGAUGGCAACAAAAAAGCAAUAUAUGUUGAUGAAGAUGACAUAGCAAGGUACACAAUCAAAGCCAUUGAUGACCCUCGAACUCUGAACAAGACAGUGUAUCUUAGGCCACCCAAGAAUAUUUUAUCUCAAAGAGAAGUUGUUCGAGUUUGGGAAGACCUUAUCGGCAAAGAGUUGCACAAAUCUUCAGUCUCCGAGCAAGACUUUCUAGCUAAAUUGAAGGAUGUUGAUUAUGGUGAGCAAGUUGGAUUGGGGCAUUACUACCACGUAUGUUUCGAAGGUUGUCUUGCAAACUUCGAAAUAGAUGAGGAAGGUCUUGAAGCCACUGAGCUUUACCCAGAAAUGAAUUAUACUUCAGUGGAUGAGUACAUGAAACGCUAUGUCUAAUUUAUUUCUAAAUUUACAUAUGAAUAUUAUUGUGCGUUGGUGUGAGAAUUUGAUAUUAAAAUACAAUAAUAUCUGCAUGUUGAUGCAUUUAAAAUAUUUGGACAUUUAUGUUACUGUUUAUUGUGAUAAAUUUAGUGUGUGUAUAAUAUAUUUUACAAUACCUAAUAAUAGUAUUAUUGUUUAUUUUGUUAAGGUGCCGCCCUUAACAAAGCUUUA